GGUUACUGCAUGUGGCCUGGUGCCCCUGGUGGGUCCGGUGUACCCCUGACCUGACCCGAAGGUCUGCUGGUAAACACGAGAGUUCGAUAGGCAUAAAAUUGUGCCCCCGUGUCCCAGCGGCACUACACAUUAGCCCUAUUGUUACGUUGUAAUAUUAGGUGUAUAUAAUUAUAACACAAUGGACGUAUUUCUAAUGAUCAGGCGGAAAAAAUUGACGAUAUUCACCGACGCUAAGGAUGACACCACAGUCCUCGAGCUGAAGAAGAUGAUCGAAGGUAUAAUGAAAGUACCACCGGCAAAUCAACAGCUAUUUAACAAGGAGAACCAGCUAAUGUCGGACAGCAAGACUUUACAGGAUUACGGACUGACAUCGGCAACUGCAAAAGCGCAGUGUCCUGCAUUAGUCGGCUUAGCUCUGCGUCAGCCUGAUGGCCAGUUUGAACCUCUCGAAAUGACACCGUUCUCUCUACCGCCGGAUCUCCCCGACGUUAUGAAGUCCCAAGAAAAUAAUGGUCAAGAGCAAUCACCUUGAAAUAACGCGGACGACAUUGCGUCGGGCGACGAUGAAGUUUUGUGUUCUGCGCAAUCUAGUAAUCGUCAGGACAGCUCUGAAUGAUUAAAGAAAAAGGGGCAAAAGGGAAAUCUUACGUAUCACGUAUGUGAAUAUUAGGGUGUGAAUAUUAUGGUAACGAAUACUAUAAUAUUGUAUGAAUAUUAGAUACAACUUUACACAAAUAUUCAGAGCUGCAAAAUUUUUCAAUAUUCAAUUUAAUGAGGAUGCUAUAUAGUCACGCGAUCUUCAGUCUUAUAAGGACAUGUGAUGAGUACCAAUUUGUACUUUAUUAUUAGACUGAAAGUGAUAAUAAAAAUAAAAAAAUUCUGCUCACUAUUGCGCAUCAAACCAAAUUAAUAUAGCUAUAUUAAAAUUAACAUAAGCGUUUUGUUAUGGUCAAAAUGCGAGAUAUAAAUACCUCAACUUAUGUACAUUUAAGUUACAGGUAUAGCUUAAUUAUUUUAAAGUACCUUUUUUAGUAACUUCUUUCAAACUGAAUGUCUAUCUGUGCUGUAUGUUACUUUCGCUUACACGUCCUAGUGUCGCAAGGAGAAUCAAAUUAUUAGAUGCAAUAUUUUAUCGAA